AUUGAGAAGUUCGAUGGUACAGAUUUCAGUUGGUGGAAGAUGCAAAUUGAAGAUUUGCUGGUUCAGAAAGAUUUGGACGUGGUUUUGGGUGACAAGCCAGAAAAGAUGUCGGAUGCAGAUUGGGCAGGUUUGGAUCGGAAAGCUAUGUCCGUGAUCCGUCUCUCGUUGACCAAGAAUGUUGCGUUCAACAUUCUGAAGGAGAAGACAACGAAGGGAAUAAUGGAAGCGCUGUCUAAUAUGUACGAGAAGCCAUCUGCAGCGAAUAAAGUUUUUCUGAUUAGAGAGCUGGUGAACACAAGGAUGAAAAAUGGCACUUCAGUUACCGAGCAUAUCAACAAGUUGAAUUCGAUCUUAGCCAGACUUUUGUCAGUUGGCAUUAAGUUCGAUGAUAAAGUUCAAGCUUUACUACUGUUAUCGUCAUUGCCUGACACUUGGUCCGUAACUGUUACAGCAGUUACCAGUUCAGCGGGACCUGACGGAUUCACUUUUGAGAAGAUUCGUGACCUUGUUCUUGGCGAAGAUGUCAGAAGAAGGAGUUCUGGUGAGUCUUUGGAAGAAUCACUAAAUAUCGUCAGAGGUAGAGGAAAUAACAGAGGUAGUGGGAGCAAGAACAGACGAAGGAGUCGAUCGAAGACUCGGGAUAGCUCAGGCGUAACAUGCUGGAAGUGCAAGGAGGUGGGGCAUUUCAGGAAUCAGUGCCCGAAAGAGGAUAAGCAAGUGAACAUUGCUAGAGGCUCCGCGAGCGAUGAGGAUUUGUUUUUCUGUUGUGCGGAGAGCAGUGUAGAUUCCUGGGUCAUGGAUUCUGGUGCUUCAUUUCAUGCUACCCACAGCGGUGAAGCAUUGCAGAAUCUAGUUGUUGGGGACUUUGGAAAGGUACGACUAGCAGACGACGGAGCUCUUGAUGUGACGGGCAUGGGUGACAUAGUGCUGAAGACCCCUGUCAGUUUCUGGACUUUGAAGGAUGUCAGAGUGGUUCCAGCCUUGAAGAAAAGUUUGAUUUCUGUUAGGCAGUUGGACGAACAGGGACACGAGGUGAAGUUCGGAAAUGGGCAGUGGAAGGUCGUGAAGGGAAAUCUUGUCAUGGCCCGUGGAAGGAAGAGAGGUUCGUUGUAUAUGGUCGAGUUACCAUCUGAGGGAGUGAC